AUGACAGUUCAUGAAGUCAACCUGUCUUCGGCCAAAUUCAAUCUAAUCGAUGACUCAGGUUCAUGUAGAGCUUAUCUUCAUAUCAACGAUUCCAUAGAACCAUUUAAUUCGAAUGUUUAUCGAACGAUAAAUUCAUUAGAAUUGUUCUUUGUAUCGAAUGGUCCACUAAAUAGUACCUCUGUUCAAAUCAAUAACAGUAAUAUAACUGUAACAAAUAAUUAUAUGAAUAUUCCAAUCAUGAUAGAAUAUUUCUUUCACUACAAUAAUUAUAGCACAUUUAAAAACUAUAAUGUAUCUUUAAACGUAUCAUUAAUCAAAGAACCGAUGCCAUGUACAUAUGAGGUAGUAACCAGUAUCGAACCUACUACCAUGAAUUCAUCACCUUCGGAACUUACAAUUACUCACUCAGAUACAAGUGAAGUUACAAAUCCAGAAGCAAGUACGACUACACCGACAAAUAAAUCAGAAUCUCUUGCUGGUUGGAAAAUUGCAUUGAUUGUCAUUGGUUCGAUCCUUGGUGUUCUAUUAUUAGGAGGAAUGAUUGGUUUUAUUUUAUGGAAAUGCAAUUCUAAGCCAAAACUGGGUAUCGAAACUUUUGGGAAUACUAAGAUUCAACCAAAAGAAUUCGAAUCUCCUCUGGAAGUUCGAACAUCUUCUAAUGAACAAAUCAUCCAAAAAUCAUUACCUCAAUCUAAACCUACCGAUCGUCGACAACGAUUAUCAUCACUAUUUACACACCGAAAACAAAAACAAUCAUCAAAUCAUGAUGACAUUAUUCGACCAACAAUACCACAAAUUACAUCCACAUCGUAUAACCUUUCAAAUCAUCAAGAAGCUCAACAAAGUCAACAACAAGUACAAUCAUCAAACUAUGAACAAAUUUCUUAUUCAUCAAUAUCUCAACCAAUUUCGAUAUCAUCUGAUAUCAUGCAUCAACAUCAAAUACCUCGUGAUCGACGAAGAAUAUUACCACCCAUUACAAAUGAUUAA